UUUGAAUUUUUCAAUGAUAUGAUGCUUUUGUUUUUCAAUGAGACGCGUUAGGCGUUAGGACCAUUUGAGUAUUUUUUUUUUUUCUUUCAAGUUGAGGUUGUGGAUGUCUGUGAAACUUGACCAUUAUUUCUUCUGUCCUUUCUAGUUGGUCCUAUUACGAAUCCUCUUUAUGUUUGGCUUCAAAGAAGCCAACCCCAACCCAUAGACACGCUUUGUUUGCAAUGGUCCUUCAAACCUCUCAUUUGGUAUAAAAAAAAAAAAGACUAUACCUUGUGUUUCUGCCUGCAUUUUCAAAAUCUCCUUUCUGAGCUGCUGUUCUGUAUAUUCGAUCAUAGGACAAUGAAAACCCGGAGAGCCAAACGUUCUGAGGUCUUUUGGCCUUCCAUUGUGAUGAAGAAAUGGCUAAAUAUUCAGCCCAAGGUGUGUGAUUUUAGUGAAGAUGAAAUUGACACUGAAACUGAAGCAGAGAGCGAGGAUGAUGCCGAGUCUCCUAGAGAUGCAAGAGUGCAUGUGGGUGUCGAUCGUGCCAGUCGAAUGCAGAGGAAACAAUCUGUUUGCCCAACUCAAACUUCAGGGACACCUUCGAAGGGCUAUUCCUUAAGGCACAGAAGAGGGAAAUCAGAAACUCUACGAGCUCAAUAUAUAAAUACUAAAGAUGUGAGAGUGACAAUAGGCACUUGGAAUGUUGCUGGAAGACAUCCAUACGAGGAUCUUGAUAUUGACGAGUGGCUUUGUAUGCAAGAACCAGCAGACAUUUACAUUCUUGGUUUCCAAGAGGUGGUCCCUUUGAAUGCUGGGAAUGUACUUGGAGCUGAGGAUAGCAGGCCAAUUCCAAAAUGGGAGGCAAUAAUUCGUAGAACUUUGAAUGGAACUUUGGAACCUGAAACCAAACACAAGAGCUAUAGUGCCCCACCUUCUCCAGUAUUUAGGACGUCUUCUGCCGCUGAUAUUCUUGCGGAUGAGAUCGAGACUCCUGCAUUAGAGACGAUAAGCGAGGAUUUGAUGGGCACCACUAAGGAUAAAUUCUAUGAAGGAUGUAAACUGAAGGGGAUAAUUGGUAUGGAUAAGAAACUGCAGUUAAGAAGAAUAUAUGGCAUUGACAAUGACAGUAGAUUGGAUUGGCCUGAACAGUCAUUUGAUGCAACACCUCAAUACCGUUCUUCUAGUUUGAAAUUGCGCAGAGUGUUGAGCAGUUCUCCAAGACUUGGCUCUGAUUGGAUGGAUAAUCUUCUAACGUUUAGCCCUCAGAAUAUUGCACUUAAUGGUGGUCGACUGAGACGAUCACAUCAGAGCUCUGGAAACCUAGGAUUGAUCUGGAUGGAUCAACAAGAGAAGCCUGAAGUUCUUGAUUCCCUUUCAGAUGUCUCCGAUCAAUUUUCUGAAGAGGAGGAUGAUUCCUUUUUAGAUAUUUCAGAGGUGCAACACGAAAGUGAGCUUCUAGAAGAUGGAGUAAAGGCACGUCCUAGGUUUGUGCGGAUAGUCAGCAAGCAGAUGGUUGGGAUAUACGUAUCAAUUUGGGUGCGUCAAAGCUUAAGGAGACGUAUAAACAACUUGAAAGUCUCUCCUGUUGGAGUCGGGCUUAUGGGCUACAUGGGAAACAAGGGAUCCGUCUCUAUUAGCAUGUCUCUUUUUCAAACACGGCUAUGCUUUGUUUGUUCUCAUUUGACCUCUGGUCAUAAGGAUGGUGAUGAACAGAGGCGUAAUUCCGACGUGUAUGAGAUCUUAAGACGUACUCAAUUCUCUUCUGUCAUUGAUUCUGAUCAACCACAAACAAUUCCUUCUCAUGAUCAGAUAUUCUGGUUUGGGGAUUUGAAUUACCGUCUCAAGAUGUUGGACGCAGAGGUUAGGAAGCUUGUUGCAAAGAGACAGUGGAAUGAACUUCUCAAUAGUGAUCAGCUUAUCAGAGAACUUCGCCGUGGGCAUGUAUUCUAUGGAUGGAAGGAGGGAGUGAUAAAUUUUCCACCUACUUACAAAUAUGCAUUUGACUCUGAUAGAUAUGUUGGUGAAAACCCAAAAGAAGGGGAGAAAAAGAGAUCUCCAGCAUGGUGUGAUCGUAUAUUAUGGUUGGGGAAAGGCAUAAAGCAGCUUUCUUAUAAGCAAGCAGAGAUAAGGCUCUCAGAUCAUCGGCCAGUCAGUUCAAUCUUCCUGGUUGAAGUCGAAGUCUUUGACCAUCGGAAGCUCCAGAGGGCCCUCAAUUUCAGUACUGCAGCAGUCCAUCCUGCGAUUUUUCUGGAUUAAAGACGGAAAACUAACUUAGUUGAUUGCGCCAGACAAGUGAUCAAACAUCACAAAAAAAAACCUCCCAUUCAAGCAGGGUAAAUAAUUAUAGCAUGGAACUGCAAGCCCUUUUGACGGCCGGGAAGAUCUAGCUCACAUAACAAACGAGGAUCAGCAUGCAAAAUUCAACAUUUUCGAGACGAUGACAAGGAAUAAGAGUGGUGUGUGGAGGAUUCAGAAAAUGUAAUUUGUGAAAAUUUUGGUUUAUGUUGUAGUUGAGGAGUUUCUGGGAUAUGAUAUUCAACACAGUGGGAAUUUUAGGGGUGAACCCCUAAAGGUAUAUAUGGUAGACAGGAACCUUGUGUUGCGUUGUUUAAUGGGUAUGGUUAAUUUGAAACCUAUGUUUGUACAUAAUACAUAUCUCUUUCUUUUUCACUUUUUGGGAGGAACUUGUACCGGACUAACCUUGAUGAAAGAUUUUUUUUUUUUUUCA